CUGGUCCCGGGGAAACGAUGAGCUGUGUACAUAUAAAUACCGGUUUUGCGGCUAUUGAGCUCAUACAGUUAUUUGCUGCGAAGAAGGAAAGAUAUUCACUGUCAAAACAAUUUGCACUUUCUUUUGUAACGGAUUCCGUCGAUAAAUUUAUUGAAAUAGUAAUGGAUCAACGGGAGGCUCGCUAUUGGUUGAACUCCUCUCACCAGUUCAAGCCGUCGAAAAUGCCGACGAAGCAAGUUGGGACCCCGCAGAAAGCUGUCAUCUUGGGGCGCAUGAAACCAAGCGCGACACAACCCGUAAUGAUCCAGCGACAGGAUUCCGCCAGUUCCGACGUGGCCCAGUCGCCUUCACCCAUGUCUCCGUCAUCACUUCCGUCCGGCUUCCAUUUUCCCUCACGUCAACGUUCAAUGUCGUUCAAUGACGAUGACAGUUCGAAGAUUUUUACGUAAGCAGUCGGUUGAUAACGUCAACGUCAACACGUUAACUGUGGGUCAUACGUUGGUCAGAAGGAAGUGUUCAGCACAAAGUGCUAUAAACAGUGUGAUAUAAUUAUUGUAUGUUGUACAUAGGGCAUUUUUGGUUUCAGUUACAUUAAAGCAGUCUUGCUUUUACGUUGAACGUUUCAUAUCGCUGUCAUUGGAAAGUUAAGAACAAAUUCGAAGAUGAAGUCUGACAAAAAGACGCUCUGCAUGGACAAUCUCAGGGAAUUUCAAAGAAAACCUUCACAACUUAGCACUGCGGCCUUGUUGAUUCGGGCUAGUCGUGGUGAUUAAUUUCAUUGUAUACUGUUUCAUACUGAUCUCCAUGUAUUAAGUUACAUUUGAAUUAUUAUGGCUAUCAGUCAUCAUCACCGUUGCUUUGUAUUUGUGUUUCAAGGUUAUUGAUACUAAAUGCAUCAGUGCAGCGUGCGUCACCUAACUAACGUGAUAAUGUGUCAUUUAUCAUUUAUUGUAACCAUUGUUUUGUAAAUAAGUACAUGUAUAUCUACUUACUUUUUGUAAGUUUGAAUUUGGUUUCUUGAUUUAUUAAAUGCUAAAAGGCAUUAGCAAAACAAAA